UCGAAGAUAGCGAGACCGAUGCAUCCUCUCUCCUGUUUCCAUUUCUGCAAUCUUUCUCCUCCAGAAACCCUAGACCUCACCGGAAUUCUCCUUCGAUUCCGACCUUGAUUCGCCGAUCUGCUAGGUUUUACGUUCUCAGAUUUCAGCUCAGAUCAGACUUUUCUUACGCGAUAUGACCUCGCUCAGCAGAGAAUUGGUGUUUCUCAUACUCCAGUUCCUGGAGGAGGAGAAAUUUAAGGAAGCUGUUCACAAGCUUGAGCAAGAAUCAGGAUUUUUCUUCAACAUGAAAUAUUUUGAGGAGAAAGUACAAGCUGGGGAAUGGGAUGAAGUUGAAAAGUACCUCUCUGGAUUUACGAAAGUUGAUGACAAUCGGUACUCCAUGAAGAUAUUUUUCGAAAUUAGGAAGCAAAAGUACCUCGAAGCACUAGACAAGCAAGAUAGAGCAAAGGCUGUUGAGAUACUAGUGGGUGAUUUAAAAGUGUUUUCAACAUUUAAUGAAGAAUUAUACAAAGAAAUUACGCAGCUCUUAACGCUUACCAACUUCAGGGAAAAUGAGCAGUUGUCCAAGUACGGUGAUACGAAAACAGCUCGUAGCAUCAUGUUGAUAGAGCUUAAGAAGCUAAUAGAAGCCAAUCCUCUUUUCCGAGAGAAGCUCGUGCUUCCUACUUUAAAAUCUUCAAGACUGCGCACACUAAUUAAUCAAAGUUUGAAUUGGCAGCAUCAGCUCUGUAAGAAUCCAAGGUCAAACCCUGAUAUAAAGACACUGUUUAUUGAUCAUACUUGCACACCUUCCAAUGGGGCUCUUGCUCCCGCCCCUGCUCCUGUUAGUAUUCCAGCUGUUGCAGUUCCAAAGCCUAUUGCUUAUUCAUCUCUUGGAGGUCACAGUCCAUUUCCACCAGCUGCAGCGACUGCUAAUGCUAAUGCCUUAGCAGGUUGGAUGGCAAACGCUGCUGCUGCGGCUGCUUCUUCUUCAUCUGUUCAAGCAGCUGUUGUUACUGCUUCCUCCUUACCAGUACCACCUAACCAAGUUUCAGUGUUGAAACGGCCAAUAACGCCACCACCAGCCACUCUAAAUAUGGUUGAUUAUCAUCACACUGCUGAUCAUGAGCAUCUAAUGAAACGAUUGCGGACACAAUCUGUUGAGGAGGUUUCUUAUCCAACUUCUCGUCAACAAGCUAGUUGGACAUUGGAUGAUUUGCCAAGAACUGUAGCUUGCACAAUGCAACAAGGAUCUGUUGUCACAAGCAUGGAUUUCCAUCCUUCUCAUCAUGUCUUGCUCCUUGUUGGUUCAAACAAUGGAGAGAUAACACUGUGGGAAGUUGCCAUGAGAGAGAAAUUAGUAUCAAAGCCAUUCAAGAUAUGGGAUAUGUCAACAUGUUCUCUAACAUUUCAGGCUUCUAUGGUCAAAGACACACCUAUAUCAGUUACUCGUGUCGCAUGGAGUCCAGAUGGGAAUUUUCUAGGGGCUGCUUUUACCAAACAUUUAAUUCAUCUGUAUGCUUAUAAUGGACCCAAUGACUUCCGUCAGCAUUUAGAGAUUGAAGCUCACGUUGGUCAAGUGAAUGACUUGGCCUUUGCUCACCCAAACAAACAGCUUUGUGUUGUAACCUGUGGAGAUGAUAAAAUAAUAAAGGUUUGGGAUUUAUCUGGCCGAAAGUUGUUUAACUUUGAAGGGCACGAAGCAGCUGUCUAUUCAGUUUGCCCUCACCAAAAAGAGAGUAUUCAGUUCAUAUUUUCAACUGCUGUUGAUGGGAAGAUAAAGGCAUGGCUAUACGAUAACUUGGGGUCUAGAGUUGACUAUGAUGCACCUGGACAUUGGUGUACGACUAUGCUUUACAGUGCUGAUGGAAGUAGGUUGUUCUCUUGUGGUACAAGUAAGGAAGGGGACUCAUUUCUGGUUGAGUGGAAUGAAAGUGAAGGAGCAUUAAAGAGGACAUACACAGGUUUUAAAAAGAAAUCUGCUGCCUUUUUGCAAUUUGACACUACUCAAAACCGUUUCUUGGCUGUUGGUGAAGAUCACCAGAUUAAGUUCUGGGACAUGGAUAAUGUCAAUAUUCUUGCCAGCACAGAUGCAGAUGGUGGACUUCAGAGCCUUCCGCGCCUGAGAUUCAACAAGGAAGGAAAUCUCCUUGCAGUUACUACAACCGACAACGGGAUUAAGAUACUUGCAAAUGCUGCCGGUCUUAGAUCUCUAAGGGCAGCUGGAAUUUCAUCUUUUGAAGCUAUGAGAUCCCCGAUUGAUCCUUCUUCAAUUAAGGUUUCUGGGUUUUCUGCUGUUACAAAUGCUAAUGCAGUCAAUUGCAAAGUGGAAAGAAGCUCUCCAGUUCGAGCACCUCCUGUUCUUAAUGGAGCUGAUUCUAUUCCUAGAAGCAUGGAAAAACCAAGACUAUUGGAUGAUGUUAUUGAUAAAUCAAAGCCAUGGCAGUUGACUGAAAUUGUAGAUCCUGUUCAAUGUCGGCAUGUUACUAUGCCAGAGAACAUUGAUGCAACCCACAAGGUUGCUAGACUUCUUUAUACAAAUUCUGGAGUAGGCCUCCUGGCACUUGGAUCUUCUGGUGUUCAGAAGUUAUGGAAGUGGAGCCGUAGUGAACAAAAUCAAAGUGGAAAGGCCACUGCCAAUGUUGUUCCACAUCAUUGGCAACCGAAUAGCGGUCUUCUUAUGAAAAACGAUGUCUCUGGCGUCAAUAUUGAAGAGUCUGUUCCAUGCAUUGCGCUAUCGAAGAAUGACUCCUAUGUAAUGUCAGCUUGUGGAGGAAAAGUUUCAUUAUUUAAUAUGAUGACGUUUAAGGUAAUGACAACAUUUAUGCCGCCUCCACCUGCUUCAACCUUCCUAGCAUUUCAUCCUCAAGACAAUAAUAUUAUAGCCAUAGGAAUGGAGGAUUCUACUAUCCACUUAUAUAAUGUUAGGGUGGAUGAGGUAAAGUCAAAACUGAAAGGCCACCAGAAGCGCAUAACCGGCUUGGCUUUUUCCAACAAUCUUAAUAUAUUGGUUUCAUCUGGGGCUGAUGCUCAGCUAUGCAUUUGGAGCAUUGAUACAUGGGAGAAGAGGAAAUCUGUUCAAAUACAGUUGCCUGCAGGAAAGUCUCCUAGUGGUGAUACUAGAGUCCAGUUUCAUUCUGAUCAAAUCCGGUUGUUGGUUUCACAUGAAACACAGUUAGCUAUAUAUGAUGCUACAAAAAUGGAUCGUAUCUGUCAGUGGGUACCGCAGGAUGUCCUCUCAGCUCCAAUAUCAUAUGCUGGAUAUUCUUGCAAUAGCCAACUAGUGUACGCAUCUUUCUGCGAUGGCAACAUUGGGGUGCUUGAUUCAGAUAGCCUGAGAUUGCGAUGUCGCAUUGCUCCAUCUGUAUACUUGUCCCCAUCAGUGUUAAGUGGGAGUGUACCUGUGUACCCGGUUGCGGUUGCAGCACAUCCACAGGAUCCCAAUCAAUUUGCGGUCGGGCUGAAUGACGGGUCGGUUAAAGUUCUGGAACCUUUGGAAUCAGAUGCUAAGUGGGGAGUCUCUCCGUCCUCCGUUGUGGAUAGCAGUCUGGUAAAUGGACGACCCGGAUCAUCUUCUAAUGCGAGCAAUCACACACCAGAUCAAGCUCAAAGAUGAAGAAUAUUUACUAUAUAUUAUAUGUUUUACAAAUGAACAGUGCUUAGUCGUCAUAUUCUACUACACUAUAAUUUAUCUUUAAGUUAGGUUUCUCUAAUAUAUAUAUCGUAGAAAGUUGUGAUAUUUUAUUAUGUUGGUGCUUGGUUUAGGUGUUUAUCUGAAUUCGUCAUACACAACUGCUUGCUAGUGAAAGCUGUUAUUAUUA